GUCACCGAGCCCACACCCGUGCCGUGUGUCAGUGCUUCCAGACUACCUGAGGAUUUCUGCUCCAAUUACUAUGAUGAUAGUCGUGUUGACGUUGAUAGCGGUGGCGGCGGCGGCCCCGCAGGCGCCGCAAGCGCAACAGUCAAACAAUCAGAUUCCAAUAGUACGCCAGGAGUCCGAGGGGCCAAAUGUUGAUGGGUCAUAUAAAUGGCUAUAUGAGACAGGAAACGAAAUAAACGCCGAAGAGUCAGGCUACGUGAAGAACUUCGGCAAGGGGGAGGGGGAAGAGGUGCAGGUCGCGGAGGGCAAGUUUAGCUACAAGUCUCCUGAGGGAAAUCUCAUCGCCCUCACCUAUAUUGCAGACGAGAACGGGUUUCAACCACAGGGAGAACACCUGCCAACGCCGCCCCCGAUCCCACCGGCAAUACUCAAGGCUUUGGAGUACUUGAAAUCAUUGCCUCCCAGUGCGGUUGGUGCUUCGUCCAACGUUCAACCUCUUUAUCAACCUUCACCGUUUAAACCUAGAGGAAAAUAUUAACCAUAUAUAGAAGACGAAAUUGCUCACAAAAGACUAACUGGAGAUUUUAUUAUUGAAAAUACAGUUCACUCAGAUUAAUUAGACCCGUGUUUUCAAUAAUAAUGUAUAUUAUUACAUUAAUUUUAAUUAAAUAACUAGAAACUCAUUUCAAUUAUACUUGCUAGAAGAACGAGCUAAAGCUAUUUUACAUACAAUAUUUAUAAAUGAAUACCAAACAAUUUUGAAGAAUUUAAUGGCUGUCUAAUAGUUUGAGUGAGUAAGGUUUAUCAAAUCUCGUAUCGUAUAAUUUAAUGUCCGUUCUAGAUGGCGGCGAAGGCCUAACAUUUCGUUGGAUCUAUUUCAAAAUUAUAACUUGAUCCAUGUCCUGAUCCAAUCGUUAGAUUAAUGUUCAGUUUCAAAAUUUUUAUUAAAAUAUCAAAUGGUGUUUCCUAUAAAUGAAAAUGUGUGAGUGGAUGUCAAAAUAAAUACGUAAUCUUAAAUUUAUUUGAUAUUAUCAAAAAGAACAAUUUAGAAAAAUAUUCAAGACGUUGAAAAUGGAUGGACGGAAUCCUUAUUUUCGCAUAGCGUUUAAUGAGCAACAUGUUUUACCAUUUUUAUGGCAUAAUAUUUACCAUUAUUAUGGUAAUAAUAAACAAAAAAUACAAGUGACGUUCCACGAGCAAAGGUAACUGUAAUGCUUUUUUGUGUGUAUUUUUAAUACUAAUGCGUUAAAAAAUAUAUUUUAUAUCGGAUUAGUAUUUGAGUAGCAUGUUACAGGGUUGAAAAUUUUAUACAUGAUUUUAUUCUGAUCUGAUAAAAUCUAAGAUCAUCACUCAGUUCUCAAUUCUCAUGUAUCCAAUUUUUCACACACACAUAUUAAUUCAGUAAAAAUGGUUUAAUAACAAACCGUGAACCUAAAUAUACUUUAUUGUUUAUAAGGAUUUGGACAGUUUUGAAAAAUAUAGAAAUAACAACGCAAUUUGAAUAUUUAAUAAUUAAAUAUAAAUUCGAGGAACUAAUCGAGGAAGUGAAAAAGGUAGUAGUAUUAUGAUAAAAGUAAAUUUAAUGUAAUGUAUAUAAUCUAUAUUAAUAAUAGUUACUGAUUAGUAGAUUAUCGGAAUAGAAUUCAGGGAUGAUUCCGGUUAACAGAUUUGUUAUCUUUUAAAGUACCUACUUAUAUUUACAAUAUUUACAUACACAUUAUAUAAUGAAAGUAUAUGUACGAUAUUAAAUUAUAAUGUAUAGUUGAACAAUAAUAAUAAAUUGCUUACAUUUACUUUAAGGAUAAUUAAAAAAAAUACAUUCUUUUAUGAUA